AUGUUUGGAAUGUUUCAGUUCCUUCCCAUCUUCCUGACUUUGGUCCAGCACAACCUGCUGUAUACAGUUUCUCUUGAACAACUUCAUCACAACGGAGAUCAGGGCUACCAGGCGAUAGUCAUUGAGGCGGGCAGGCUGUGGUUUCUUUGUGACAAGAACAAUGACUGCUUAAAGCACAUGGGGAUUAUAGAUGGUUCCAGGAAGAGGUUGAAUAUCUCCAUGAAGACAGGCACUAGCUUGUCAGAGCAGGCCUUCUGGACCCGACCCGUGAUGCCAUCUGGUCCUGCUGACUUCCAGCUCAGUCAGCCCGCCAUGCUACCUUCCGGAGAGGUCCCAGGAGUGCUCUGCAAUGUUAUCGCCAGUAUCAGCUGUCUUGCCUGGCCAUUGAGCUUACUGAUUUCCUGGAACACCUAUCUGAAUCCUAGUCAAGAUCAAGGCAACGACCCUAAGCACACAGCCAAGAUAACAAAGGAGUGGCUUUGGGACAACUCUUUGAAUGUCCUUGAGUGGCCCAGCCAGAGCCCAGACUUGAGCCCGAACAAACAUCUCUGGAGAGAUCUGAAAUUGGCUCCCCAUACUGGAGUAGAGGAUGAUAUCAUCCUCCUGCUUAACAGAGCUUACACCCACUUUGAGGAGGCAGGCUGUAUUAGGAAAGGCCAGGAGGCUGAGUACAGGAGUGUGGUGGACAGCUUUGUGGAGUGGUGUGGACAAAAUCAUUUGCAACUUAAUGUCUCAAAGACAAAAGAGCUAGUGGUGGAUUAUAGGAAGCAGAGGACUCACCCUAGCUCAAUCAGCCUCAUGGGCACUGAGGUGGACAUUGUGGACAACUAUAAGUAUCUUGGUGUCUACAUGGACAACAAGCUGGAAUGGACCAAAAACACUGAUGUACUGUUUAAGAAAGGUGAUCCAGGAAGAGUCGACCCACCAGAGGACUACGAUGAUGCCGUCACUGCUGGACCGAUCCCUGAUCACGUGGAUGAGGAUGAAGCUGAGAAUUAUGAUGACGCCAUUACAGCUGAUCAGAAGUCAGUUAUACUGACAGGUCAGAAUGUGAGACUCACUGCUGGUCCUCACCAGUGCUCUGGGAGAGUGGAGGUGUUUCAUGGAGGUUGCUGGUCCACAGUGUGUGAUGCUGACUUUGACCAGCAGGAUGCAGAGGUUGUGUGUCGAGAGCUGGACUGUGGGAUUCCUGUGGAGGUUCUGGGAUCAGCUGCUUUUGGACGAGGGGAGGGUCAGGUGUGGACAGAGGAGCUUCAGUGUAGAGGAACUGAAUCUGACAUUACCUUCUGUCCAACAUCAUCUUCACUCAAACACUCACACUGUUCCCAUGACAACGAUGUGGGAUUAAUAUGUUCUGACAGUGUGAGGUUGGUGAAUGGUGGAAGUCGCUGUGCUGGGAGAGUGGAGGUUCUUCAGGAUGGUCAGUGGGGAACAGUGUGUGGUUAUAACUGGGAUGAGGUCGAUGCUGCAGUGGUGUGUAGAGAGCUGCGCUGUGGGGAGGCUGUAAACGCACCACAAUAUGGUCACUUUGGACCAGGAUCAGGACCAAUCUGGAUGGUUGGUGUGAACUGUAGAGGAUCAGAGUCGAGACUGAAGGACUGUGGGUCAUGGGGGAAAGGGGAGAGUUAUAACUGUAAUCAUUAUGAUGAUGCUGGAGUCACCUGCUCAGGUCAGACUUUGAGACUCACUGCUGGUCCUCACCGGUGCUCUGGGAGAGUGGAGGUGUUUCAUGGAGGUUCCUGGUCCACAGUGUGUGAUGCUGACUUUGACCAGCAGGAUGCAGAGGUUGUGUGUCGAGAGCUGGACUGUGGGAUUCCUGUGGAGGUUCUGGGAUCAGCUGCUUUUGGACGAGGGGAGGGUCAGGUGUGGACAGAGGAGCUUCAGUGUAGAGGAACUGAAUCUGACAUUACCUUCUGUCCAACAUCAUCUUCACUCAAACACUCACACUGUUCCCAUGACAACGAUGUGGGAUUAAUAUGUUCUGGUCACACAGAGGCGCGGCUGGUGAACGGACCGGACUCCUGUUCUGGUCGAGUGGAGCUCCAGUACCUCGGUGAGUGGGGCACAGUUUGUGCUGUAGGCUGGGAUAUGAGAGCUGCAGAUGUUCUGUGUGCACAGCUGGAUUGUGGGAGAGCUGUGGCUGUGGUGGAGGUGGACUGGUUUGGGGAGGGGAGUGGCCACAUCUGGGCUGAUGUGUUUGAUUGUCAGGGGAAGGAGACACACCUAUCACGAUGUGGCGUCUCAUCAUGGAGUCGAGCUGCAUGCUCUCAUAAACACGACGCUGGAGUCAUCUGUAAUGGAUCAUCCAUGGUGUUUCAUGAGGGGCGAGUGCGGUUGUCUGGAGGGAGAGAGUGUCAGGGGGAGGUGGAGAUUUAUUUCAGGCAGGACUGGAGGAGAGUUCUCCUGGACUCGUGGAGUCUGUCUGAGGCGUCUGUGCUCUGCAGACAGCUGGGCUGUGGCUCUGUGCUGAACUACCGCUCCUCUCCAUCCACCACUGAACACAAACACAUGUGUGUAACGGGUUUCAGCUGCUCUGGGAGUGAAGCUCAUCUGGGGAACUGCAGCAGGCCACAAGCUGAACCUGUCAACUGCAGCUCUGGGGAACAGCUCUACAUCACCUGCUCAGACCCCCGCUCCAUCAGGUUGGUUGGUUCUGGGGGAGACUGUGCAGGAAGGCUGGAGGUUUUCCACAGCGGCUCGUGGGGGACAGUGUGUGAUGACUCAUGGGAUAUUGAGGAUGCCCAGGUGGUGUGCAGACAGCUGCAGUGUGGAGUGGCCCUCAGUACCCACAUACCAGCCUGGUUUGGUCCUGGAACUGGGUCCAUAUGGCUGAAUGAGGUGGAGUGUGAGGGGAACGAGACGUCCCUGUGGAACUGCAGAUUUCAGCUGUGUGAAGAGGGUGAAUGUGGACACCAUGAGGACGUAGGAGUCGUCUGCUCAGAGUUUAAAGAGAUCCGACUCUCAGAGGGCUGUGAGGGGAAUCUGGAAGUGUUCUACAAUGGAACCUGGGGUAAUGUGUGUUACAAUGAGAUGGAGCUAGAAACAGCAGAUAUGGUGUGUCGAGAGCUGAACUGUGGAAGACUAAAGCUUUUGGACUCAGCCAUAGCGAGAGUCGAAUCUGCUCCUAAUUGGCUGGAUCAUCUGAAAUGUAGGAAACACGACUCUAAUCUGUGGCAGUGUCCAUCUUCACCCUGGGGACAGAACAGAUGUGAUAAUCGUGAUGAAGUGGCUCGUAUUACCUGCACAGGUAAGAGGAUUCUCUCUCUUCUACGUACUCAUGGGACAUGUUCAUCAUUUCCUCUUCAGAAAUACUGCUCAAAGCACUGGUCUCUCAGGCUGAGUGGAGGAAAGGGAAGCUGCUCUGGGAGGUUGGAGGUGUAUCAUAACUCUACGUGGGGCUCCGUUUGUGAUGAUCGGUGGAACAUCAGGAACGCUCAGGUGGUGUGCAGACAGCUGGGCUGUGGGUCGGCGCUGAGUGCUGAUAGGAAUGUUUGGUUGGGUUCUGGUGAAGGGACUAUCUGGAUGAACAGAGUGAAGUGUCGAGGGGAUGAGAUUCACCUGUGGGACUGUCAUCAUUCCCUGAAGAACCACACUGACUGCUCUCAUGCUGGAGUCACCUGUGCAGGUCAGAGGGGUGUGCUAACUUUUCAGCUUUCUGUCUCAGUGAUAAGACUUGAUAACUUUUAUUUAGAAUUAAGUCCACCCACCCCUCCACUGGUUCUCUUUGUGUUGGGAACGCUGCUCUUCCUGGCCUUAGUGCUUCUGCUGGUACUGUUUUACCAGAACAGAGUUCUCAGGAGAGUUGUAAGGCGUAAAACUGAGAGUGAGGCAGUCUACGAGGAGCUCAACCAUAGACACAUGGAUACAUACAUGGCUAGAAGAAUCACGAGCUUCACUCAAAGAGGAAGUCUCCUCUCUGAAGAACAGCAUUCUGGGUAUGAGGAUGUGGAUGAUGAGCUUCUCUCAGGUAAAAAUGUCCAGAGUGUGAGUUUGUCUAACUCCAUUAACUGAAAGAUAUUAGAAUUACAAUUAGAAAUCAGAAAUGACUAAAUUUCUCCUUUCUGAGACGUGAUUAUGUUUAAAAACCCUGAAACAAAUAAAUUGUUCUUUUUACAGUAAAGUCUGGGAUGGGAGAAAAG